ACAAUGAGUGGAUCAUGCUCAUCUGACAGACCUGCUUUCUCCAACAACCCUGCGCACGCACGACCUGCUGCUCCUCUGUAAGUACUGCAGGUCACAGCAAUUACAACUUGUACAGUAGAUAAAAUGAAGAGUCAAGUGUCUCUGCUGGUUGAAAAGAUCAUCAGGACGCAUGAAUGAAAUAUAUUUCACGUUAUGGGGACAAGGAGAGAGAGAAUACAUUAUUGCUUUCGGAGGUUGCUGUCCUGGUGUAACUGUCAGAACAUAAUGGUGGCAUUUAAAGGGAUCUGGACCAAGGACUUCUGGAGGGCUGUGUCUGGAGAAUACCUAGCCACACUCAUCUUUGUCCUUCUUGGCCUGGGCUCCACCAUCAACUGGGCUGCAGGGGAGGAGAAGCCUCCGCCAGCUGACCUAGUCCUUAUCUCCCUGUGCUUUGGCCUUACUAUUGCCACUAUGGUGCAGUGCUUUGGCCACAUCAGUGGUGGACACAUUAACCCUGCAGUCACUGCAGCUAUGGUUGUAACUAGAAAACUGAGCCUGGCAAAGGCUGUGUUCUAUGUGGCAGCUCAGUGCCUGGGAGCUAUUACAGGAGCUGGGAUUCUCUACUUAGUCACACCUACUGCUGCCAGAGGGUCCUUUGGUGUGACCACAGUGAAUCCCACCAUAUCCGUGGGACACGGCUUUCUCGUGGAGCUCCUGAUCACAUUUGAACUGGUUUUUACCGUCUUCGCCACCUGUGAUCCCAAACGCACAGACUUAGGUGGUUCUGCAAGCCUGGCUAUUGGUAUUGCUGUAGUGAUAGGGCACUUAUUUGCAAUCCCAUACACAGGAGCCAGCAUGAACCCUGCCCGUUCUUUUGGUCCUGCAAUGGUCACACUUAACUUCGAGAACCAUUGGGUCUACUGGGUGGGACCUAUUAUCGGAGGUAUCUUGGCUGCUGGUUUGUAUGAGUACCUGUACUGCCCCGACCCUGAGAUAAAGAAGAGGAUGAAACAAGUCUUCAAGAAGGACCCAACGGGGAAAUACAGGGAAGUGGAGGCAGGGGACAUUGCCGUCAAGCCCGGCUCCAUCCAUAACAUCAACGUGGAGAAAGCUGAUGUUAUGUUAACAGGAGAAGUAUGACUAUCACGUGCACUGGAAAUGGAGACUAAUUUGUAGAGCACAAUCACAAUCAAACUUUGGGGUUAUCCAACUUAAGACUGCCCCCCCCACCACCACCACCACCAAACACCACACACACACACACACACACACACACAACCCCCUCCCCAUCUAAAGACUGUGUCUUUAAAACAGAAAAAAAAAAUUCUGUCUGUGACACACCCGAACUGCACUGCUUUUAUUGUCAUAAAGCUUGCGUGAUGCUAUGGCUCAACAUCUGCACCCUGUAUAAAUGAUUUAGGAACAGUGUUGGCAUGUGGCAUACAUUGUACAGCCCACAGUACAUGAAGUUAAGGAAAUGUUGGUAGGGUCAACCAAUUAUGUGAGGUCAUCGCAGUGAAUUGGAGGUGAGAAGAAGAAAAUGCAGCCUUGUUAUUUUUGGAUUAGUGUCACAUUUGGUCCUCUUGCUUUAUAUGUAAUUAAAAGUAGAGGCUUUCCUUGUAAUCAUUAAUCACAUUACAGAUCCCAAGCAAAGUAAGACAGCUCUGACAAGCAUUAUUAUCAGAGUCAGAGCAUUAAGUUGGAGAAAAAUAAACACAGCUCAUUUUGUUUGAAACACAAUGUCUUUUGUUUGUUUU